AUGGAUGCUGUGAGCCUCUCAGUGAACGGUGUGUCCUACACCGAGGCGGCAGAGCUCUCCAAGCCAGACGACCCGUUUAACGGACCCCUCAAGUCCAUCGCGCCCUGGAACUUCACCGUCCUGGCCGUGCUGAUGUUUGUGGUCACCUCGCUGUCUCUGAGCGAAAAUUUCCUCGUCAUGUUUGUCACUUUCAAGUUCAAACAACUCAGACAACCCCUGAAUUAUAUCAUAGUGAACCUGGCCAUCGCCGACUUUCUCGUCUCCCUCACCGGUGGACUUAUAAGUUUCAUGACAAACGCCAGGGGUUACUUCUUCCUCGGGACGUGGGCUUGCGUCGUGGAGGGGUUUGCUGUUACUUUUUUCGGGAUCGUGGCCCUGUGGUCGCUGGCCGUUCUGUCCUUCGAGCGCUUCUUUGUGAUCUGCCGGCCGCUGGGGAACAUCCGGCUGCGAGGGAAGCAUGCGGUGCUGGGGCUGCUGUUCGUCUGGACCUUCUCCUUCAUUUGGACCUUCCCUCCCGUGCUGGGCUGGAACCGCUACACUGUGAGCAAGAUCGGGACCACCUGUGAGCCUGACUGGUAUUCGACCAACAUUACGGAUCACAGCUACAUCAUCACUUUCUUCAGCACCUGUUUCAUUCUGCCUCUGGGCGUCAUCAUCUUCUGCUAUGGCAAGCUCCUACGGAAGCUCAGGAAGGUGUCUCACGGUCGUUUGGCCAAUGCCAGGAAGCCGGAGCGGCAGGUGACCCGCAUGGUGGUGGUGAUGAUCGUGGCCUUCAUGGUGGGCUGGACGCCGUACGCGGCCUUCUCCAUCGUGGUCACGGCUUGUCCAACCAUCUACCUGGACCCCAGGCUGGCCGCCAUCCCCGCCUUCUUUUCCAAGACCGCCACCGUCUACAACCCAAUCAUCUACGUCUUCAUGAACAAACAGUUCAGGAAGUGCCUAAUCCAUCUCUUCACCGGCAUGGGGACCAUACCAGAGAGCAACCUGAACCAGACCUCAGACCGGCCUGUGAUGACCGCCGAGAGUCAAACAGGAGAAAUGUCAGCCAUCGCCGCCCGCAUCCCCGUGGGUGCCACCGUGUCGCCCAAGCUGGAGGAUCCGCCCAGCGACUGCGGCCCUUUUGCGCAGCUCCCCAUCCCGGAGAACAAAGUGUGUCCUAUGUAACCUGUUAGGCCAUCGCUGUCACCGCUCUCCCACCCUGUCCUGUCCUCGUCUGUCCCCCAGAGUCUACGCCAGCUUCUGGUAGUCUAGCUACAGUGUGUUUCAAAGGUGUCUGGGCCUCGACACGAUUUUUUUAGGUUUUGGCUCUGUAUGCUUUGGAGAUGACAU